AUGGCUUCUAUCAGGGCACCACUUUCGCACUGCUGCUACAUCAUUCCACCCCAUAUUCUCAAGGCUAUUGCCAGUUCUCAAGCUGCGUCCGACCACUCUCGGGCUCUGGCAAGCAAGACCCUGACUCACAUAGCGUCGGUUCGCCAAACCCGCGCUGAGAUUCAAGCCAGCUUUGCGGCUGGCCAGCCUCAUCCACGCCCGCAGGGGAUUGUUCCGAGCCAUGUCUUCCAGGCCAUCCUUGACUCAGACGCUGCCUCUGAGGAAUCCAAGGAACAUGCAAGACACCACCUGGCCGGGAUGGGCGCUCUUGCGGCCGCCAAAACGACCCCAUCCCAUCCAAAGCCCGUGCCCAAGCCGAUGCACCUGUUUCGAAUCAUCUAUGAUUCGCAUCAGUCGGCCUCGACAGAUGACAUAAAACUAUUCCAGGAGGGCAACGUUCCGGCCAAUGCUGACGUGUACGCAAAACAGAUCUACGACAACUUCGGGAGCACAUUCAAGUUCUACAGCGAGAUUUUCAACCGAAACAGCAUUGAUGACGCAGGGAUGAACUUGAUUGGCAAUGUUCACUUUGACGACGACCCUACCACUCCAGGCUACGACAACGCCUUUUGGGAUGGUACCCAGAUGUGCUUCGGAGACGGAGACCCGCAAAUCUUCAACACUUUCACCGAGAGCUUGGAUAUUACCGGUCAUGAAUUGACACAUGGGGUGACAGAGAAAACUGCGAACCUUGAGUACGAGUAUCAGUCUGGGGCUCUCAACGAAUCCAUGUCCGAUGUCUUCGGAUCUAUGGUGAAACAGUACAGCCUCAACCAAAAGGCCAAGGAUGCAGAUUGGUUGAUUGGAGAGGGCCUCUUCCGGAACUCCGAGGGCGCUCGAGCUCUGCGUGACAUGGCCCAUCCUGGUACAGCUUACAAAGACAAUCCGUAUAUCGGCAGUGACCCUCAGCCAGCGGACAUGGACCACUUCGUCACGUUGCCAAAUACUGAGGAUGGCGACUGUGGUGGUGUCCACAUCAAUUCGGGUAUACCCAAUCGAGCUUUCUACCUGGUUGCCACCGGGAUUGGAGAGUACUCGUGGGAUGUAGCCGGGAAGAUCUGGUAUGCGGCAUUGACCGAUCACGGUCUUAAGGGUGUCAACACACGUAAAGCGUUCAAAGUGUUUGCUGACCUGACCAUCAAACACGCUUCCGAGAUCGGUGGUGCCGACGCUGUGGCAGUGGUGAAGAACGCCUGGACGACAGUCAAAGUUCUGUGA